AUGUCUGGUCAUGAUUUCCCUUGGGAUAUUGGUAUUCACGAUGCACAUUGCCACCCUACAGAUACCAUGACCUCCAUUGCUAGCAUACCCCACAUGAAGGCUAGCACAUUGACUAUCAUGGGUACUCGCGGAGAAGACCAAGACCUCGUACAGCAGACUGCACAAUCUCUAAAUGGUCAAUCCGGCCAAAAUGAUCAACGAGAUCGGAUAGUACCUUGUUUUGGCUGGCAUCCAUGGUUCUCGCAUCAAAUCCUGAUAGAUAGCCCAGGCUCAGUAGGGACGAUAUCAAAAGAUAUCGCUAGCGACGCAGAGCUAGCCAGCCAGAAAAAGACACACUACACAGCAGUUCUUGCACCUGCAGUAGCUGAAGACACAGAGUACCUCAACUUCCUUCCAACUCCGAAAUCCCUCCCCCAACUCAUAGCUGAGACCAGGGAACGUCUGGAAUUAUUUCCCAAUGCGCUUAUCGGCGAGAUCGGCUUGGACAAAUCGUUUCGAUUGCCCGGUGCAUGGACAUCAAAAGAACUAGAAAGUCGAGAUGAACAAGUCACACCCGGGUCACGAGAAGGCCGAAAACUCUCGCCAUAUAGAGUGAAGAUAGAACACCAAAGGGCAAUCUUCAAAGCUCAGCUUCGGCUUGCGGGUGAGAUGCAACGCGCUGUCUCGGUACACAGUGUACAGGCGCACGGUGCGGUCUUCGACACCCUUAAAGAGCUAUGGUCUGGACACGAGAAGGUCUUUUUGUCUCGGCGGGAGCGGGAGAGGCGCCAGGAUGCGGAGGGAGCAAUAUCAGAAGAUGAGGAUGAGGCAGGCGAUCAGGAGCAGGGCAACUCAAACAAAGAUGCGUGUUCAACUCCUGCACCUUUCCCUCCACGGAUUUGCAUGCAUUCCUACGCUGGGCCUGUCGAGCCUAUUCGGCAAUUCAUGGACAAGAAGAACCCCUCUGACGUAUAUUUCUCAUUCUCUUCACUCAUCAAUUUCAGUGGCGUGGGGUCGCGGAAGGUUAGUGAUGUGAUCAAGCUGCUACCCGAGGAUCGAAUUUUGAUUGAAAGUGAUCUCCAUACUGCUGGGCCACAGAUGGAUGAAUUGCUCGAGGAUGUGACUCGUCAGAUUUGUGAGGUCCGGGGCUGGGAGCUGAGAAAAGGUGUGCAACAACUCGCCGACAAUUGGAAUCGUUUUGUAUUUGGCUAG